AUGGAAAGCCGCUGGAAUGCGCGUGCAAAGGCCACCCGCAUUCGGAGAUGUGAGGAGGCCAGAACAGAACCCGUCGAACCUCAAAACACUGGAACCUCACUCGCACCCGUGCAGCGGACAAACUUCUCGAGUACACUUCUUUCGCGAUCAUCAGAUCAUGGUUUGAGCUCCUCAGCCCUAUCGCGUCCCUGCCCAGCAACACAGCGUUGGGAGCUAUCCCUCGCCAUGCAAUUCGCAUUACCUCCGCGGAAGAGCUCCCAUCCUCUCCCCGGUGCGCGAGCGACUCGAUUGCCGUACCACCGCAAGAAGCAGCUGAAGACUAUCGCAAUCAUCGCAACCGCGAUCGCUGCCAUACUAUACCUCUUCUCUCAUCUCACUUCUUCCAGCUCGUCAUAUGCCGUGGCGCCGGGUGGCACGGCUGGGGUGGUGAUCGUCACUGUUUUCGAUCGGAAUGCGCUCAGUGAGAGCUAUAUCAAGAAAAUCGUGGCUAAUCGGGAAGACUACGCGAAGAGACAUGGUUAUACGAACUUCUUCGCCAGCACGUCCGACUAUGAGGAAGCUGUAGGCGGCUUUCCUCGAAGCUGGGCUUUGCUCCCUGCUGUUCGACAUGCCAUGGCCAAGCACCCCCGCUCAAAAUACUUCUUUCACCUGAGCCCCCACGCCCUCAUCAUGAACCCGACCAAGUCACUGGAAUCACAUCUGCUGGACCGGAGCCAGCUCGAGUCGUUGAUGAUGAAGGAGCUACCCGUUGUCCCACCAGAUAGCAUCAUCAAGACGCUCGGACAUCUCAAAGAGGAAGACGUGGACUUGAUUAUCUCGCAGGAUAGUGAAGACUUGUGUCCUGGAAGCUUCGUCUUGAAGAAUGGCGAUUUUGCUCGGUUCUUUUUGGACCUCUGGUUCGACCCUCUCUAUCGACAGUAUAACUUCGCGAAGGCGGAGGUUCAUGGACUUGUAAGACACCCUUUGUUCAAGGGAAAAAAUGGAUCAUAG